GAAGCGCGACUUUGCAAACACAGUUGUCGACUAAAGGGAGUGUUGUCAUAAAUAAUUGGGGAAUAUCUUUAUAUUUCCGCAGUCUUUAACGUGAAGAUCGUGAGGUUGGUUUCAAAGUAAUAACUAGGUUUCAAGAGCUACUUACAAACAAAGCAGAUUAUAACUUAUGUCAACCAUUUUGGACUUCUAAUUUUACUGAACCAUUUUGUUGCUGCAGUUCAGAUAAACGUGCCUGAGCUACACUUCCUACCGAUCAAUUUCACUAAACCAAGCUUAUAAUUGCGGAUUCUUUUUGCUUUUUUUGUAAUUCAUCUUAUUCUGCAUAAGUGAAUUAAGCUUGAUAACUUGUGUGCAAGGGCAAAGCGAUAUGAAACAGAAAAAGCUUAACUAUCAAAUAAAGCCUGUUGGUUCAUGAGACGUCAAUCUCUUGUAGGGCUUCUAUAGGUUGCGUGAACACUAAAGGCUUGUCAAGAUUGUAUUAUCUACACAAGUAAUGUGUCUUGUAUAAUGCCGUCAACUUAGUUCUUUAUCUGAUAAGUUAACUAAGCUUAAAUGAAAUACAGGUUGAUUCUAGACACAAAACAUUGUCAAGGUGAAACAUACCCAGGAACCUAAUAAGCCAAAAGUUGUAACUGGAGUUCUUAAUUUAGGUAAAAUGCCAGCUCUUAGGACAAAAGGUGGCAUUGAAGAAGGUGAAACUCCAAGUGAGACAUCUAGUGUGUCAUCAGGAGUAACUCCUGAUACAAAAACUAAAGAGAGUGAAAGCAAAGACACAGUUCGCCGAAGUGGUAGAAAGUAUAAGCAGAGAAUUCUAUUUGGACAUGAAAAGAAAACUGAUGUCACACCAUCCCCAAGUACAUCUAAGAAACAAAAACAUCCAAGAAAAACUGUUGAAAAAUCUGAUAGUGACAAUGAGGAAGAACAUGAGAAAAGCUCAGAAGAACAAUCAGGAAGCAGUGAUAGCGAAGAAAUUAUUCUUCCAAGAGCACCUUCCAAAGGGAGAAAGAGCCCAGCAACUACUACUCCCAAGCGAAAUCCUUUUGCAAAAAGAGGUAGACCUACAGGAACUUCAUCAAGAAAAAGGAAGGAUAAAGCUUCAAUACAAGAUGAUGAUGCCCAGGGAUCCUUAUUUGACAUUGUCAAAGCAGGAAAAGGUGCACUUAGGGCCUUAGUGGAUGACUGGAUUGAGAGCUACAAUAAGAAGAAGGAGGCAGCCAUGGUGGACAUUAUCCAGUUCUUUGUACAAUGUUGUGGUUGUAAAGGAACUGUGACAAGGUCUAUGCUGGAUGAAGAAGAGAACGUAGAUGCUGUUCGCCAACUUACUGAACAGUUUGACGAGGAAAGCCAUGAGUAUCCGCUCAUCAUGUCAGGGCCAUUACACAAAAAGUUCAAGGUAAUUACAGUGCUUAUUGUGUAUGCAAAAUCAAUGAAUAAAUAAUAAUUUUGCUCWCAUCUUGUACCAGACAACCUCCUAU